AUGGACAACGAUGCUGCAACCGCCCGCCCAAGUGAUGACGACCGGCUCGGCCACGUAGUUACGGAGCUGCCUUCCCGAGCUGGAUACAUUGCAGUGGCCAAGGGCAAAACCAUGGACACGACCAUCACCUCUUACGAGGCCGUUUCCUUUGCAGCAGGUGACUAA